AUGGCCGAAAAAGAAGAGUUGACUCGAAAGAAAAGAUGUCGAAACGGACAUAGAACCUCAGCAAAACGAAUUAUGGCGUCUAUAGGCGAAACUCUUAUGAGUGUGGCGGAGAAAUCGCAGUUAACUCCGCAUAUUGCGAAGUUAAAACAACAAAAGUCAACACUCGAAGCGAAGUUAAAAUCACUCCGAGAGCAAGAUGAAGCUAUUUUGGCGCUGGUAAGUGUAGAGGACAUAGAGUUAGAGAUUGAGCAAGGGGAUAUUUCACGAGAGAAAAUCGAGUCUGUUAUUAUUGAAGUACAAAUGGCUUUAGAUGAAUAUGAGAAAUCAAGUACUACACAAUUGAAUACUGAAAACAAUGUCAUAACCCCAGUUACCCCUACGCAACCCACUACAUCCAUAACAGGGAAUAAUUCAGAAACUGCCAGUAACCAUGGUGACAACAGUAUACAAGCUGACCCUUCAAAUUUCAUGAAUAAUUACACCAAAAUACCCACAGUAAAGUUGCCAAAGUUAAAUCUUAGGGCAUUUCGGGGAGAUCCCACAUCUUGGGCGACAUUCUGGGAUACUUUUGAGUCGUCAAUUCACAACAAUCCCACACUAUCAAGUAUUGAUAAAUUUAAUUACCUCUCGUCACUUGUGGAAGGAACAGCAGCAGAUGCAAUUGCAGGAUUAACCUUAACCACUCUAAAUUAUGAAGAAGCCAUCAAAAUAUUGAAGAAGCGGUUUGGUAACAAACAGCUUGCAAUCAAUAAACACAUGGAUAUUCUGUUAAAUCUAGAGCCAGUUACUUCUCCACAUAACUUAAAGGGACUGAGAACACUUUAUGACACUGUAGAAUCUCAUAUCAGAGCUUUGAAAUCACUUGGGGUACAGGCAGAAACAUAUGGCAAUCUAUUAUGCUCAAUGUUACUCAAUAAGUUACCUCAGGAAUUGUGCAUAAUAGUGAGUCGAGAAGUACAAGGAGAUGUUUGGGAAUUGGGACACUUGCUUGAUUGAGAAGGAGCUAGAGGCCCGAGAAAGAGCAACUGCAAAUACCAACAGGGAGACUUGGCCCCAUUACCAAACAAAGAAAUUUUCCAAACCACAACCCUCAAUUUCAACCUUGCAGACAGGGGGUACAUCACCGACAUGCACCUACUGUCAGCAGUCACAUACCUCAAAUAGUUGCACCAAUGUCUCUAACAUCUCAGCACGAAUUGACAUUAUAAAGCGAAGUGGACGGUGUUUUCUCUGCUUGAGAAAAAAUCAUUUAAGUCGUGAUUGCAACUCUAAGUCAAGAUGUCAUAAAUGCAAUGGUAAACACCACAUAAGUAUAUGCACCAAGAAUAGCAGUCAUAACCAUGCCAAGAAGACCCCAUCCGAUACAGAGCUUAAGCAACAACAGCAUGAACAAACCUCUGAGAGCAAAAUCUCAAGCAACAAACCCAGUAGAUCAAAUCAAUCAGGGAAUAGUGGCACAAAAUCAUUGUUUACAAGUACCAAGACCCCAAUACUUCUUCAAACUGCAAAGGCAACAAUCCUUCCUGUGAGUAGAAAUGGUAAGAGUGGGAACGUGAGAGUUAUCCUAGAUGGCGGAAGCCAGAGGUCCUACAUCACCAGUCGGACACAAGAUUUACUAAGCCUACCCACUGAGCGAACUGAAACAAUGUCAAUAAAAACUUUCGGUUCUGGAGAAGAAACUCUAACCACCUGUGAUUCAGUCAAUUUUAUUCUAGAAAGUCACACUGAUAAGGUACAGUUGUCCUUGUCAGCCUUUGUUGUACCCACCAUAUGUGACCCACUGCAAUACCAACUUGUCUCACAAUCCCGCCACAAUUACCCUCACUUACAUGACCUAGUAUUAGCUGAUGAUUCAAUGGGAGAACUUGACUCGGAAGUGGACAUACUUAUCGGUUGUGAUAAGUAUUGGGACAUAGUGACAGGAGAGAUUCGAAAGGGAACAAAUGGUCCGACAGCUAUCAACACCAACCUUGGAUGGGUCCUGUCCGGACCAGUCGAGAACCAUUCACAACAGAGAUUGGAAGCAUCUGUAAACAUGUCAUCCCCUCAUGUUUUGCAGCUUGAAACCCCACCAUCCCAACCAAUGCACCACGAAGAUGACCAACAACUGAGACGAUUCUGGGAUUUGGAGUCACUCGGUAUAUCAAAGGAAGAGAAGUCGGUUGUUGAAGAAUUCACAAGUACCAUAGGGUUCAAGGCGGGAAGAUAUCACGUUGAGUUGCCAUGGAAAGAGCACCAUCCUUUACUGCCUGACAACUAUGAAAUGAGUCGUAAACGACUGUGGAGUCUACUCGAGCGCUUGAAACGUGAUCCCGAAGUCUUAAAGGAGUAUGAUGCAGUAAUAAAGGAUCAACUUACCAAGGGCGUUGUCGAGAUUGUUGAGAAAGAAGAUAUUGGAGAGCUCGGAAAAGUUCACUAUAUUCCUCAUCACGCUGUGAUCAGGCGAGAUAAAGAGACAACCAAGCUAAGAAUUGUGUAUGAUGCAUCCGCCAAAACAUCUGGUCCGUCCUUGAAUGAAUGCCUCUAUACUGGGCCCGCAAUGACCCAUAACAUCAUGGACAUUAUUCUUCGUUUUCGAAGCCACAAAGUAGCACUAGCGGGUGAUAUAGAGAAGGCUUUUUUGAUGAUAGCAGUUUCAGAAGCUGAUCGUAAUGUUCUACGGUUUCUUUGGUUUGAUGAUGUUUGGAGUGACCAACCUAAGAUUAUUGUCUUGAGAUUUACGCGUGUAGUAUUCGGAGUAUCAUCCAGCCCGUUCUUACUGAAUGCGACUAUCAGUCACCAUAUCGAACAGUACCGCGCUCAAGAUCCUGCCUUUGUCGAAGCCUUCAUGCGAGCUGUUUAUGUAGAUGAUCUAAACUCGGGUGGGGAUGAUGACAAAUCUGCCUACACUCUUUACAAGAAAUCAAAGCUUAGAUUGGCAGAAGGUGGAUUUAACCUUCGGAAGUUUCUUACCAACUCGCCCGAACUGUUGACGAAGAUCAAAAGUGAAGAGAACCCUCUUCCUAGAACUAAUUUGAAGCCUAACCCUCAAGUGGACGAACCGCCAAACGAUUGCGUAAAUGAAGAUGAAACGUACUCGAAGAUUACGCUAGGAACAUCCAAUGAAUCCUCUAAUGAAGAGCACAAGGUUCUCGGGGUAGCGUGGAAUUUUGUUGAAGAUGAUCUUGUGUUUGAUCUUAGUCAUGUGACCGAAUUGGCAUCCGAGUGUUCCCCAACAAAGCGAAAUAUC